UCUGCUUCCCUCUUUCAUCUCUUUCCAACCAAACCAUCUUUUCAUCUUUGGAACAAUGGAAAUAGAAUCAGUCACUGCAAACCAAAAGGGUGUUGCAGAGUGUAGAGAAACCAUGGAAGUUUCAGAAAAGAGAGGAAUGUACCUUGUAUGGGAAGAUUUAACUGUUGUGGUUCCAAAUUUCGGAGAUGGACACACUAAGAGAUUGCUUAACGGGCUGAGUGGAUAUGCUGAACCUAACAAAAUCAUGGCUAUAAUGGGUCCUUCUGGCUCUGGAAAAUCAACUCUUCUUGACGCUUUAGCAGGAAGACUCUCCAGAAACGUUAUCAUGUCUGGAAAUGUGUUUCUAAAUGGAAAGAAGAGGAGAUUGGAAUAUGGUGGUACUGCUUAUGUGACCCAAGAAGAGACAAUGCUGGGAACUCUGACAGUGAGAGAGACUAUAUAUUACUCAGCGAAUCUAAGGCUUCCAGGGAGCAUGAGGAGAGAAGAGGUGAAUGAGAUAAUAGAAGGAACGAUUAUGGAAAUGGGUCUUCAAGAAUGUGCAGAUCGGAUAAUAGGGAAUUGGCACUUGAGAGGUAUAAGCGGUGGAGAAAAGAGAAGACUGAGCAUUGCUCUUGAAAUCCUCACAAGGCCAACUCUCUUGUUCCUUGAUGAACCCACCACUGGUCUCGACAGUGCAUCAGCAUAUUUUGUUGCUCAAACUCUCAGAAAUUUGGCUCAU